GCCGCGCCGGGCGGGAGCCCCAGCCCCGAACUGCGCCCGGGAAGACACCGUCCCCAAUGGGAGACAGCGUGCUGGCCCCCCAGCCUGGGGACACUGUGCAUGGAGACAGCCCCCCGCAGCGUGACCGACCCGUCCUCCCAGAUGUGACCCCCUCUCCAAUGGCCACCCCCCCUCCAGGACAGCUCUGCCCUGUUCCCGCAGCCGUCACCCCCCCAGGACAGCCCGUGUCCCCCAUCCCUGCAGCUGUGGCCCCCUCUGCAGAGAGCGUCCCACCCUGGUUUGACAACACCCCCCCUGCGUCCCCCUACCCCCCCACUACAGAGCACCCCAAAGAAGAGGCAUCGCCCCGCACCGCCGGCCAGCCGCUGCCCGUCCCCAGUGCCCCGUGUCUGGUGGAGACACUGCCCCAUGGGAGCACUGCCAUGACCCCCACCGCCGGCAAAGGGGCACCGUCCGAUGCCAAGAGCCCCCCGGGCAGCACAGGCCAGCCUCCCAGGGAUGCGCUCCCCAAGGAUGUCCCCCCCAAGGACGUGCCCCCCAAGGAUGCACCCUCCAAGGACAUUCCCCCCAAAGAUGUGCCCUCCAAGGAUGCGCCCUCCAAGGAUGUGCCCUCCAAGGAUGCGCCCUCCAAGGAUGUCCCCCCCAAGGAUGUGCCCCCCAAGGAUGCAUCCCCCAAGGAUGCACCCUCCAAGGAUGCGCUCUCCAAGGAUGUCCCCCCUAAGGACGUGCCCCCCAAGGAUGUCCACCCCAAGGGUGACCGUGCCACUCCAGCUGCUGCCUCGCCAUCUUCAGCUGCCAGCCCCAGGCCUAAGCAAGCAGAUGCUCAGAAGGCCCAGGCACGGCACAGGCAGGCGAAGGAGCGGCGCGAGGAGCGGGCCAAGUACCUGGCGGCCAAGCGGGCGCUGUGGCUGGAGAAGGAGGAGAAGGCCAAAGUGCUGCGGGAGCGGCAGCUGGAGGAGCGGCGGCGGCGGCUGGAGGAGCAGCGGCUGCGGGCGGAGAAGCGCCGCGCGGUGCUGGAGGAGCGGCAGCGGCAGAAGCUGGAGAAGAACAAGGAGCGCUACGAGGCGGCCAUCCAGCGCUCGGCCAAGAAGACGUGGGCAGAGAUCCGGCAGCAGCGGUGGUCGUGGGCGGGGGCCCUGCACCACGGUUCUGCCGCACACAAGGAUGGUGCGAGCCGCUGCUCGGUGUCCGCCGUAAACCUCCCCAAACACGUCGACUCUAUAAUCAACAAACGGCUCUCCAAAUCCUCUGCCACCCUCUGGAACUCUCCCAGUAGAAACCGCAGCCUGCAGCUGAGCCCCUGGGAGAGCAGCAUAGUGGACCGGCUGAUGACUCCCACUCUGUCCUUCCUGGCACGCAGCCGCAGCGCCGUGACGCUGGCUGGGAACGGCAAGGAGCAGGUGCCCGUGUGCCCCCGCUCGGCCUCCGCCAGCCCCCUCAGCCCCUGCCACAACCACCGCCUGCCGCACCGCUGCUGGGAGCGGCGGAGGGGCACUGCUGGCAGCCCCGAUGUGACGCCGCGCCGCCGCGCUGAGUCCUCACCGAAGAAGAAGGAGAAGAAGGAGAAGGAGCGGGAGAACGCCAAGGAGCGCAGCGCGCUGUCCCGCGAGCGCAGCCUCAAGAAGCGGCAGUCGCUGCCCGGCGCACAGCCCCGGCUCCUGCCUGCAGCUGACAGCAGCCCCAGCCCCAAGAACCGUCCUUCCUCCCCCGCCACUCCCAAAGCCCGCCCGGCGUCCCCCAGCCCGGCCCUGGGCUCGCCCCACAAGCCACCUCUGCCCCGCAGCGCCCACUCCUCCCCCAAGGUGCGGGCCAGGGCGCGGGAUGAGCGGGGCGAGCAGGAGGGCCAGGCCAAAGGGCGUGAGAGGAAAGAGGAGGAGAGGGGCCCGGCCCCCCCCGAGCCACCCAGAGUGCCCGCAGAGCCGGCGGCAGGCCCCCCAGCCCCUGCAGCCCACAGCCCCCACAGCAGACCUCCGGCCGGCACUACGGACCGGGAGGAGGCCGCCCGGUUGCUGGCAGAGAAGCGGCGCCAGGCCCGCGAGCAGCGGGAGCGCGAGGAACGGGAGCGCCGGGAGCAGGAGGAGCGGGAGAGGCGGCUGCAAGAGGAGAGGGCACAGCGGGCGGCGGAGGAGCAGAGCCGCAGGGAGGCCCUGGCACGGCAGCGGGAGGAGGAGCGGCAGCUGCAGGAGGAGCGUGAGGCUCAGGAGAGGGCACGGGCAGAACGGGAGGAGACGGAGCGGCUGCAGAGACAGAGAGAAGAGGCCGAGGCGAAGGCACGCGAAGAGGCUGAGCGGCAGCGCCUGGAACGGGAGAAGCACUUCCAGCGUGAGGAGCAGGAGCGGCUGGAGAGGAAGAAGCGCCUCGAGGAGAUCAUGAAGCGGACGCGUAAGUCGGAUGCAGCAGAUGCCAAGAAGAAGGAGGACAAGAAGAUAGUGAACGGGAAAGCAGUCGAGCAGGAGCACAGCACAGGUGGUGAGAAGAGAGCGGGGCCGAUGCCAAAGGCAGAGGAGCUCCCUGAGAUGGAGACACCAAGUGCAGGGACGCUGGGGACGCUGAAGGGCCCGGCGGGUGAGGGGCUGCAGCCCAGCUCUCCAGCCAAGGAGGUGGCAGCCCCGGUGGUGAACGGCGUGCAGCCCAGCAAGCAUGAGAAUGGCUUCUCAGGCACCGAGGGCUCCCCUGAGCUGCUGGAGCUCCACCAUGGCGGCAGCCCCAGCAGCAUCAUCCCCUUCGGCGACAAGGAGCCCUUCCUCAAGCAGGCGGUGGUCAAACCCCCCCAGGUCACAGAGGUGCUGUGAGGCCCGGCCCCAGCCGACACCCCCACGGAGCACCGCGCAGACCCGUAGCUGUUGUCAGAAGGAACACCUCGCUGCUCCCCUCCGCCCGCCCGGCCGUGCCAUGAGGAGCCUGGGCAGCGCAAGGCUCCGAAGUGGCAGCCACCAGCCCCGCGCCCACACCGGGGCUUCCUGGUUUCUCUCUCAGUUGUUUUUAUUUCGUUUUGUUCUUUUUUUUUAAAAAAAAAAAACAAACAUGCACCUUACCAGCCUGAUGCCCCCACCCGCAGCCCGCCCGAGCCGCCCCAGAUGUGUGCUGUCAUACUGUGGUUAUUUAACUCGCUGGGUACAAUGUAUGUGAAUACUGUAAAUAGCGCUCGGCCGACACCGGGGGGCUCGGGGCUGCCCGGGGCCCCGCGUCCCCUUUGUCCCCACGCAUGUGUGCGUGCACCCGGGGCUGGGCCGGGCCCACGCUGCUCUCCGUGCCGUUGUGACAGUGUUAUGCAUCCAGACAACCUUUGCAAACAAUAAAAGCGGACAACCA